AUGAAGUGGAACAUAAAAUUUGAUGGAAAUAAUCAAAUUUCAGAACGUGAUUCAUUAGGUCAGUAUUCAAAGAGUGAUUAUGUGGCAGCAGCCGUAGUGGAAGGUAAUAAUGGUGGUGGUGCAUCAGAGAGUAUAAAUGUAAACCAAUCGUUGAGUAUUAUCAACUCGUCAGAUGCCAUUAGUAAUGCUCAACAGCAACACCAACAACAACAAACAAUACGACGAAUUGCUCAAUUGUGCAGUCAGGCUGGUUCAACAUCGGGUCUCAAGAAAAUGCGUGAAUGUCCGCUUUGUUUCAUCAGGCAGCCUGCCGGCAACUUCCCGAAAUUGACAUGUUGUAAUCAUCGAUCGUGUAGAUCGUGUCUUGUUCAGGUUAUUUUUUUCAUUUAG